UCUGACAGGUAACCAACCAGUUAAACUUGUUAAAGGAAUCAAAAUGGAACAAAGCAAGAAAGAUAAGAGGAGAAGGAGCGAAGCAAGAGGGAGCGACACUGACGAUUGCUUACUCACGGAAGCGGCUGGAACUCGAGAAUAAAGACGACAUGGUGGUCUGUUACCUGUUGUUGAUCCUUAUUGGCUUCACUUCGGCCGCUGAAGAGUUCUACUCUUCGAUAGAUCAAAUGAAAGAGCUGCUACACACAGAGAAGGACCUGGUCACCUCACUGGAGAAUUACAUUCAAGCUGAGGAGCUUAAAUUGGAGCAGAUCAAAAGUUGGGCUCAGAAGCUGGCCAACCUCUCGGCAUUUGCCAUCCAGGACCCCGAAGGCUUCCUUGGCCAUCCUGUGAACGCCUUUAAACUUCUAAAAAGACUCAACAAAGAUUGGAGUGAGCUGGAGAUCCUGGUGCUCACCAACUUGUCCGAGGCUUUCAUCUCCAAACUCAGCAUUGGCAGGCAGAACUUUCCCAAAGAGGGUGAACAGACAGGUGCUGCUGAAGCCCUGCUGAGGCUGCAGGACACGUACGAGCUAGACACCAACACCCUUGCCAAAGGAGAGCUGCCAGGAAUCUCUCAGUUCCGGGGCAGCCUGACGGUGGACGACUGCUACGACCUGGGCAUCAUGGCGUACAACAAGAAUGACUUCUACCACACAGUGCUGUGGCUGUCUCAGGCUUUCCGGCAACUGGAGCAGGGCGAGACUCCAGUAACUGUGGGUGCUGUCACAAUUCUGGAUUAUCUCAGCUUCUCCUUCUACAAGCAAGGAGAUCUACAGCGUGCCUCGGAGUUCACCAAGAAGCUGCUGGAGAUUGAUCCAGUACACGACCGAGCCAUCAAGAACCAAAAGUAUUAUGAAUUCCAUCUGGAACAACAAAAGACAGGCCAGGAGACUACGGAAACACCCAAGACAGGACGCACUAAGCACAACGCUGUGUACGAGCGGUUAUGUCGUGGCGACAGCAUCGAGUUGACACCGCAUCGACGGAGCGGACUCUUUUGUCGCUACCAUGACAACCACCGCCAUCCCAAUCUAGUGAUUGGUCCAGUGAAAGAGGAAGACGUGUGGGACCAACCCCACAUCGUCCGCUAUCAUGACGUGGCAUCAGAGGAGGACAUGGAAAUGAUCAGAGAGUGGGCCAAACCUAAACUUAAGCGCUCCAAAGUCAAUGACUAUAAGAAUAACCAAAGUCGUGUAUCUACCGUCAGGGUCUCCCAAAAUGCCUGGAUGGACGACACAUACGCGGUUGCGAACAGGUUGUCCAAGAGAGUGGGCUACGUAACAGGCCUGGAAAUGACCACUGCAGAGCAGAUGCAGGUCGUCAACUAUGGCGUCGGAGGACAGUACGAACCACAUGUAGACUUUCAAGGGGACGAUAUUCCUGAACCCUAUCCAAAACUGGGCACUGGAAACCGAAUCGCCACGUGGCUGUUUUAUAUAAGCGACGUGCAGGCAGGGGGUGCCACAGUCUUCCCCGACGUUGGUGCAAUUGUCGAACCCAUAAAGGGCUCAGCUGUGUUGUGGUACAAUCUUUAUCUUAAUGGAAAGGGAGACUAUCGGACCAGACACGCCGCAUGUCCUGUCCUUGUGGGGAGCAAGUGGGUGGCAAACAAGUGGAUGCACGAGCGAGGUCAGGAAUUCAGGAGGCGCUGCAGUCUGGAAAACUCUUAGAAAUGCUUGCGGUCACAAUUAAAGGGGGGAUAAUCACUAUGAUUAUAUGUGGCUUCCAAAUAAUUCAUUAUCGGAAUAUUUUUAGACUCCAUUUCCUGUUUGGCGGAUUAAAAUUCUUGCUACGCUCAGUUUGCCUUCGGCUUGUUAUGCAAGCGGGGUCAUUGACAUUCUGUUCUCUGCUUUGAUGGGUGGGCAUCGGCCUACUGGACAUUCACAUGAUCAAUAGUCCUGUAAAAUUUGUUCUAUUUAUUUAGUUGGGUUUUUUUGUGUUUUUUUUUUUUUGGUGUCGUCCCCUUAAACGUUACCUUUCUACAGAUGAUUUUUUAUCAAUUGGUUGAUUUUUAUUGAAAGUAUUUAAUUAUUAUAUUAUCUUUUGAAAGAAAACCAGGCACAUGUAUUAGUAUUUUUUUUAGUGAUUACCUUUUAAUCAAAUGUUUUUAAGUCCAUAUUAGUUAAAUUAUAUUUAUUACACUGUUAUAGUCACAUUUUUAGUCAUGUAUUUCUAAAAAAAAUCAAUUAUUUUUUUUCCCCACAACAAAUAUUUUAGUCUUUUCACUAAAUUACUACCGUAAUUUUCGGACUAUAAGCCACUACUUUUCCCCCUCAUUUUAAAUACUGCGGUUUAUAGUCCAGUGCGGCUUAUUUAUUUGGGUUAUUAGGUAACACUUUAUUUGACAGUGGUGUCAUAAGACUGUCAUAAGACUGUAAUAAUUAUGACAUGACACUAUCAUGGGCAUUACUGAAUGCGUAUGACAGAAGUCAUUAAGUACCAUCCGGCAAAUUAUGUCACUAAGUCCAUUGAUGUCCAGCUUGGAUCUUAUUCAUCCAUUGAAAAGUGAGAUAAUUUGCCCCAUAACACUAAACUGUGUUGUAAGCAUUCAUUAAUGCUCAUGACAGUGUCAUGUCAUAAUUAUGAUUGUCUAUGACAGUCUUAUUGCACUACUGUCAAAUAAAGUGUUACCAAAUUCCAUAGGUAGCAAUUAAUGAAACAACUAGAACAGUAGUUGAAGAAAUACUUAGCACAGAACACGAAUUUUGAUCGUUAUUUAGCAACUGUAGCACUGCAAUGCAUGCUAGGAGGCAUGUUGGACAACAACAUUGUUGACGGUCUCCCCCAAGGGGGCAAUGAUGACCAAAUGAAGCUUCUUGAAGCAAUGAAGCUUUGCAACCAAUUGGUUUAAAGCUUCAUGGUGGUUCAUUUGGUCUUAAGACAGUCGUAUGAUGCCACUGUCAAAUAAAGUGUUACCUAUUAAUAUUAUUAUAAUUUAGUACAGCAACGAUUAAUCGAUUAACUCGAAUAUUCGAUUAGAAAAAAAUUUUUCGAAUUAGAUUUUGCUGCUUCGAGUAUUCGUUUAAUUAAAGUGGUGUUCCAAUGGUUUGUUUUGAAAGUGUUUGCAUUUAGUUUAACUGAUUUGGGUGGAUACACUGCCCUCUAGUCUGCCUCAUUUCACAUGACUAAAUCCAGCUGUUCCUUGCCUUGCCUUGCCUUGCCUUGCCUUAAGACCAACAUAAGCUAAGUUUUUGUUUGAGCUAACGUUUUUUAAUGCAUUCGUAACGUAGUUUAUAGGUAUAUUUAGUCGUUUUUGUGGGAAUAUGUGUCUGAACCAUUUGUUAAGCGCAUUGUGUUAAAAAACAAAAAAAACAUUAGCGUUUUAUAGCAUUUAAGCUAGCGGCCUUUUGCUAUUUUUGUUCUUUUGUUGUACAUAGAUCCUCAUUUUUUUGUUUGUUUUUUAUACCAUUUGAGGCUCAGCUCAGGUAUUUUAAUUUUUUAUGUUCCUUAUCAAAUUAAUCGAACUAACUAGCUCUUCGAUUAAUCGACUACUAAAAUAAUCGAUAGCUGCAGCCCUAAUUUUUGAUACCAUUUGAGGCUCAGCUCAGGUAUUUUAAUUUUUUAUGUUCCUUAUCAGAUUAAUCGAACUAAAUAGCUCUUCGAUUAAUCGACUACUAAAAUAAUCGAUAGCUGCAGCCCUAAUAUAAUUCCAUAAUGCAGUGCGGACAUCUGCGGCUCAUAGUUCAGUGCGGCUUAUCGAUAAACAAAAAUUUUUUGUGUCAUAUUUGGUGGGCGGCAGCCUAUAGUCAGAUAAGCCUUAUAGUCCGAAAAUUACGGUAAUAGUAUUGUUAGUUUCACAUUUGAAAAUGAAUGAAAGUUUACUUUAAAAAAAAAAAUACUUGUACUAAAAUAGUUAUAUUUAACAAUAUAAAUAUUUAGGUAGUAAAUUGUGGUUUUUCUAACAAUAAACUGAGUCAUCUAAAUUGUAAGCAAGCUUGAAUUAUUUUGUGAACAAAACCUUUAAGCACAAACUAAAAUUUUUAAUUUUAUGAAGUACUUCGGAAGUUAAACUACUGUAUUUUCUGCACUAUAAGGCGCACCUCAAAGCCUUUAAUUUUCUCAAAAGCAUGUGAUUUAUUUAUUGAUCAAUAUUGGUUAAUCAUGGCAUGACAUUCCCUUUAGCGCAGCACCAUCUAGUGGAUGUAUAAUACAACACCAACCACUAUUACUACUACUACUACUACUACUGCACCUUAUAAUGCGAUACGUCCUAUAUACGAAAAGUUUUACAAUAGGCCAAUUAUUGAAGGUGCGCCUUAUAUUCCAAUUCGCCUUUUAGUGUGGAAAAUAGAGUAUUUAUGAAUUUUGACCCAUCUUAAAUUCUUUUAUUUUGUUUUUUUAUCUAUUGAAUGAGCUAAAUGAUUUGUCCAUUUUAAAAAUCAAACAAACACUUUCACAUUCAAUUUGUGUGCGGGUUUCGUGUUGUCUUUCUUGUCCUCCUCUGAAAGACGUUUGAACAGUUUUGUCGGCCAAAGUGACACUUGGAGUGGAGGGGGAAAAACCCAUACUCAUCAGGCGUUUCUUACU